AUUUUUAACCAGUAUCGUAUUGAGUCUCGAGUUGGAAGUUAACGAAUUUGGCUUGUUGUAGACGUGAAGUUGAAAAAGCAUAAAAUAUUAUACUGCCAUUUUAAAAUCAAAUUAAAUUUAUUUUAAUUAUAUUAAAAUAUUAAUUUUGUGCAUUUUACUUCAAACUUAGUGAAUAUUGUGAAAAUAAAACCGAAAAUCAAAAUCGGAACACGAAUAUCUGUCAAAUUAUAGAAAACUACAGCUUAGAACAGUAUUUACUAAACAAGAGGAUACAAAACCGGAUAAAUAUAUUACCGGUUAAAUCCGACUAGUUUUAUACAAGAUUCACCGAUUUUCAUACAGCAAGAAUUGGCAGAUUAAUUAAUUUCAAGCAUCUUGCCUGAAAAUCACAACAAAACGGAUUAAUUAAAAGGCAAAACAUAACUACUAACAAAAUGACUGAAGUCGAACAGCCUCCACAGAAUGGUAUCGAUUUAUCGGCCGGUGACGGGGAUGAAAGCAGCAAAGCACGACCAGCUGACAUUGAGCAGGAUAUGCGAGAAAUGGAGAGACGUAAGCGUGUGGAAGCAAUAAUGGGCUCUAAACUUUUUCGUGAAGAGCUUGAACGCAUUGUGGAGUCAGCUCGAGAAGGUGGAGCUUCGGGUAUUAUACAACAACUAUCUGAUAUUGUUGGUAUGCCAGCUUCGCGUGUAGGCAGUAUGUUUAAAUCAUCCAAUUGUUUAGUGCCCAUUAAUGAUAUACGUGGAAUAGAAUCCAUGGGCUAUGCUAAAGGCGAAAAAAUACUUAGAUGUAAAUUAGCUGCAGCAUUCCGUCUAUUAGAUUUAUAUGGUUGGACACAAGGUUUAAGUGCACAUAUUACAGCACGCCUUAAAGUAGAUAAAGAGUAUUUCCUUGUCAAUCCAUAUGGUUUGUUAUUUCAUGAAAUAACGGCUUCGUCUUUAAAUAAAGUUGAUAUGCAAGGUAAUAUAAUUGAACAAGGGACGACAAAUUUUGGUGUUAACAAGAGCCUUUUUAUUUUGCAUUCGGCCGUACACGCAGCUCGUCCAGAUAUACGUUGCGCUAUUUAUGUCGGUUGUAGUGCUGUAGUGGCCAUAUCAUCCUUAAAAACUGGUGUAUUGCCAAUUACCAGGGAUGCUUGUUUAUUAGGUGAAAUAACAACACACCACUAUACUGGUAGCUUAACUGAACCAGAAGAACAGGAUAAAUUAGUACGUAAUCUUGGUCCCAAUUCUAAAGUGUUGUUACUUUCUAAUCAUGGUGCACUAUGUUGUGGAGAAACAAUUGAAGAAGCUUUUUAUGCUGCUUGUAAUAUUGUAAAGGCAUGCGAAACGCAAAUUAAAUUGAUUCCAAUUGGCAUUGAUAAUUUGGUUCUUAUACCGGAAGAGACAAGAAGGAUUAUUUAUGAACAGUCUCGUAAACCGCCAGAAGAUUUAGAAAAGGUAUUCGCUAGCGCUAUAUCUACUAGUGAUGCAGCACCAACUCAAGAAGGUACAACGAAAGAAAAUCAAACCGUUAAAAUUGGUGCACCAAAAUGGCGAGUGGGCGGAGCAGAAUUCGAAGCUCUUAUGCGUAUGUUAGACAAUGCAGGAUAUCGUACCGGAUAUAUAUACCGCCAUCCAUUGAUAAAAUCAGAUCCACCAAAACCCAAAAAUGAUGUCGAACUUCCGCCGGCUGUAUCGUCUUUGGGAUAUUUGCUGGAAGAAGAAGGCAUGUGGAAAGGAAGAGGUGAUUUGCGUAAGGGCGGUGAUCGCAGUAGGUGGCUCAACUCUCCGAAUGUUUAUCAAAAAGUGGAAGUGUUGGAAACUGGUACUCCAGAUCCGAAGAAAAUAACUAAGUGGGUUGCUGAGGGCUCGCCAACACAUUCUACACCGGUGCGCAUUGAGGAUCCUUUGCAGUUUGUACCAGCCGGAACAAAUCCAAAGGAAUUUAAAAGGCUUCAACAACAGAUUAAAGACAAUCGACGCGCUGAUAAAAUAUCUGCUGGUCCUCAAUCACAUAUACUCGAAGGUGUUACAUGGGAUGAAGCUAAUCGCAUUAAAGAUGCUACUGUAUCACAGGCUGGUGAUCAUGUAGUUUUAAUGGGUGCUGCAUCUAAAGGUAUAAUUCAACGUGGUUAUCAACACAAUGCUACUGUUUACAAGGCUCCAUAUGCCAAGAAUCCAUUUGAUAAUGUAACUGACGAUGAAUUAAAUGAAUAUAAACGCACUGUCGAACGUAAAAAGAAGAGCAUUCAUGGUGAAUAUACUGAUACAGACUUCUCGGAAUCUGAGGCAAUAAGUUCACUGCAAACUUCUGGCGCACAACAAACUAAACAAAUUACUACCACUACAACUGCCGCUGUUAGUCAAUCAGAACCAGAAGAUGUUUCAGAACACCAUGUUAUGAGAAUAGAAACCCAACAGGCGCCUGUUCCAAGCCAACCAGAAGUUGUAUUAAGCGACGGAGCAACAUGUUGUAUGGCGUGUAUUAAGUGAUUUAUUAUAUACUACUUCUGCUACUUCCACUACAAUUGCUAUUUUGCAUCA